GCAGAGAGUGACCUUCCCAUCCCGCCCCCGCUCAGUAUUACAAACACCCCCACACUCUCUUUGCCUUCAUUGCUUGUUUGUUUGUUAGUUCGUUGGCUUGCUUGCCCCCGCUCUCGCAGUUUUAUCUUGUUACCAUUUCGUCACCAUCGAGGUUCAGUGCUGCUGUUGCUGCCCGAUCGCAAGCCUUUGUUAAGCGUUUAAUCCUGCUGCUGCUGCUGCCCGAUCGCAAGCCUUUGUUAAGCGUUUAAUCCUGCUGCUGCUGCUGCUGCUGCUGCUGCUAUAGCGUGUAACUUACCUAGGACAUUUCUCUUCUCAGUGCAGGAGUUCGGCGGUCCGUCUGUUUCUGAUCGGCAGAGAAUAGUGUGGUAGUGGUGUUUUCACGUUAGGUCUUGUGAUACGCGAACUGUGAAGAUGCUUGCUGUGGUGCACAAGUCCGUGGCGAAAGCUCCGGCGGAGCUAGUUGCUCCCGACGGCGGGAGCCCCGACAGCCGAUGCCAUGGCAGCGAAAUCUUGGCUGCGUACAAGAAGUCGUAUCCUGAUGCUAUGGCAAUGCAUUUUGAUAGAGACAGUUUCAUGGCCUUCAGUCACUCGAAACAAGCUCUAUUACGUCCAAGGACUUUCUGUGGUGUGGAUGAUGUAUACUGCAUGUUUAUGGGGAUGCUGGAGAAUCUUCCGCAGCUAAGACAUACUUAUGGAUUGUCGAAGAUGAUUAAUGAGGUUCAGCUCAUCACAGAAAUGUACAGGGUCCUGCGUGAUCGAGGUCCUUACUCAGCGGACCAAGUUAUCCAAGACCUAUCAGGUCCAUUUGCUUUCGUACUCUACGACAACAAAACUAAAACGCUUCUUGUUGCCUGUGACCCUCAUGGUAAAGUGCCAUUUUACUGGGGAAUUGCUGCAGAUGGUACCGUUGCUUUCUCUGACGAUGCAAAGCUUCUUAAGCAAGGGUGUGGCAAGUCUUUUGCUCCUUUUCCACAAGGUUGUUACUUCUCGAGCGCAGGACUGCAUAGCUUCGCGCAUCCAAUGUCUCCAUUGAAGCCUGUUCCAAGAGUUGAUAGUGAGGGACAAAUGUGUGGAUCAAUUUUCAAGGUUGACAGCCAAUCUUCAUUGAAACCCGUGGGACACGGCAUUACCUUCAACCUUCCAGUCCCUCAUUCUCACCAUUAGGUAUAUAGAAUUUCGUGUGUCCUGCACUUAACAUCAUCUUGAAGCCAUGCAAUGUGGCGAUGGAGGAAGAAUACAUUAAGUGGAUGGAAGAGUUGAACAAAAAUUACGCAAGCGUGGUGCAGAUGGAAUUCUCUACACUUCCGGUAUCGCUUUUGUGGAACUGCAUAGCAGUCCUAUGACAGGAUUGAUACAGGUAUUACUGAGGUCUGAGUCUGGAACAUUCAGUACCAGGUCUGGAGAAAAUGUGAACUACUGGUAACUAAUUGUACCGCAAGUUGUAGAGACCUUUAUUAUACGGCUGUAGUUACUUUGUAUAGUGAAUAUUUGUUUUCCCCUGUAUAUACCCGGAAAUCACUCCAAUUCUGUUACACUGGAUAACCUGGUGUCAAGUUGUCACGAAAUUGUAGGUCAUUUCAAUUCUAA